UGCUGUACGGCAGUACCAUCACAGGUUAGAAGGUUAGAAAUUUGUGAUUGUAAUCCGAUUUCUUCAAGUUCUACGCACCAUUAUGGAUAUUUCUGAGAAUCAAACUACCAUUGAUGAUAUACCCGGUCGCUCGCUGCCGCAAUUUUCAGAAUAUCUCAAAAAUCCGAUUCGUAGCAGCAGGAUGUCAUCUAACAUUUGGGCUGAAUCUAAGGAAUUGCAAUCAGUGCCCAAUUUCAUUUCCACGAACGCUGCUUUGAAUGCAAAAAUAGAAUCAGAGGUAAAAAAAAGUACACCAAAUUUUUGUGAACAUUUUUUAAAGGAAUUUGAGAGGACCAGCAACCUAAUCAUUCCGAGUUUUGUUAAAAAUAAUACAGUAUUUGGUGUAGAGUCAGAUUCUGCUCCAUCAAGUGAUAAUUUAUUACUUUUAUCACGAGCAGAACUUGUAUUUCUUAAUAAUAGUUUUGGUAACGAAAAAGAAAUGAGGGAAAAGUUGGAAUUGCUUCAUAAACGGAAAACCGCUUAUAAAAAAUUUCAAAUUCAGCCAACAACAGCCACAACAUCUUCAACUCAAAUGACUGAGCUUUUGCAGCAAUUACAAACUUCAAAUCUGCAACAAUUGGUCAAGCAUUUAGAGCAUAUAGAGCAAACGAAAAAGGAUGCCACACAAGCAGAGACAAAUGAACUAGCACAAAAACAUAAUAUUUUAAAUAUACCAUAUAUAUUCAAAAAGCAACUGCAAAGUGCCAACGAUUUCAUAAACUCGGAUCGGAUUACGACUAAUUUGAGCGAUCUGAACGUACAUAUAGAGACUGAGCAAGAAAAUGAGAGCAAUUUGCAAACCGUCCUCAAAAUCGAACAGCAAGUACAAACUGAUUUUCCAAAAGCCGAGAAGAAAUCGAAGUUUCGAGCAAAACUUGGUGAAGUCAAAGUCAGCAUUGACUGUAAUGGAGUUACACAUUACUAUUGUCCAGAAUGUAGUUUAGAGUUUCCAAACAAAGAUGAUAUCGAGCAACACAUACAAGGUCACUUAUUGGAACGAAAGUACCAAUGCAAAGAAUGUGGUGCCAUGUUGAAGAGAAAGGAACAUCUCGAUCAACAUAUGCGCGGUCAUUCAGAUGAACGUCCCUACAAAUGCCAUAUAUGCCUAAGGGCGUUUAAGAGAAACGAGCAUCUUACAAGGCACUGUGUCAUUCAUUCUGGCAAUAAAGAUUUUUUGUGUAAUAUAUGUCAGAAAGCGUUCUCACGCAAGGACCACCUGCGCAAACACGAGCAAACUCAUUCAAGCAACCGGAAGAAUAAACAGAAGGAGGAAGGAUCUUAUUAUCUCGAUCCAAAAGAUGCCCUAAUAUUCGGUAAGAAUGUUGAUCCUGUGGCAAUUUCCAAUCAGGAGAUAAACUGUAUUCUAAAAGAUAAAAGUUUGGAGAGCUUCAAACCAGGAACUACUUUUUUACAACAUCUUCAAAAUCUUCAGAAUAAUUCCAAUAUCUUUCACACUUUUACCUCCAUGAAUGAGCAAGUAAUGAAAGAUGCAGAUAUACUUCAACAAGCACAGUCUGUUAAUAUAAACGACAUCUUAACUCAAAAUACAAAAUAUAUACCACAGUUUUAGUCGUAUAAUAAAGAUAGUUCAUGCGCGGCGGAGUCACCGCAAAUAGAUAAUUGCAAUUUUUGGCAACAGAACUGGCUAUGAUUAUUCUAGCCUUCUAAAUUACAGGCAAUUUUAAUACGAAAGGCAUACAAGGACAUAAAUUUCAAAAUGCGUACAACGGUAAAGAUCAUAUGUCGUUUGAUGUUAAACUUGCACGUUUAACACGACAAAAUCCGAAAUAGUUAAUUAUGUGCUAAGUAUGAGAGAAAUUGUAGUUACCUGAAUCUAUCAUCUUUCUUAAACAAAUGAUUCGUCGUUCUUUCCGUCACAAUUUUACAUGUUAAAGGCUGAUUUUUAUAGUUUCAAGACGAUACUGUCAUUACUAUCUAAAAGCAUAACAAAAAUAUUUAUUUGAUAAAAUUUUGCAUUAAAGUACGAUGAUAGAUCUCUUUCAUAGAAUUUGUGAUAAUUACGAUAAAUCAUAUUUCUUUUUAAAAAAGCGAAUAAUUGUUAACAUUAAAUGGUACAUUAUCAUCGUAGCUUUUAAAUACUAAAGAUAUAAAUUAUAUUUCACAAGAUUGUUGGAAUAUAAGUUAUAUUCCAAGAUUCUCUAAGAAAAAGGUUUUUAUUGCGUUCUACAUGAAAUAAUUAUUUUAAAUUAUGAAUACAGAAUCGAUGGAAAGAAUUAAUAUGUGAAGAGAAGUUAAUCAACUGAAUGUUUGUUGAUUUGACUUGUAAGUUAAGAGACAGUUAUUUUUUAACGAUGCUAGUCCAUUAUCAUUACAUUUAAUUUUGACCAUCGCAGAGCUUACAAUAUAUCCAACUGUUUCUGAGGCAUAAAUACAGCAUAUUUACACCAAAAUUGCAUAAAUAAUUAAGCUUGUAACAAUUAAUAGCUGUUUUGCUAAAACACAAAGUUCCAAGAUCCAGUUUGCUAUUAGAAUAUUGUGUCUCUAUAAUUAGUACUAUAAUUAUUCUAUGGUCUAAAAGUUCGAUAGUUUGUCUCACACUAUAUCACAUUUUCUAUUAUUUUGUGUUGCGUUUCUUUUUAAUCUUAACUAGAAAAUGUAAAAAUACAAUUGACAAGAUCAUCAUUUGUCAACGUCAAAUAUGUGGAAAGAUGAUAAGAGCAUGGCGCUCGCGAAUGUAGCAUUUUUAAAUAAAUUAGUAUACUAAUUAUAAGUAGAAGUAUGAAAUUUGUUACGGGAGUCAAAGUACUAUUAGUGGCACUAUCAAUUUCACUAUUGUGCGAUGUACCGCGACUGAAGGCGCGAGCUUGAGACAAUCGACUUUAAGCGCUUCUUAUUUGAAAAAAUUUGCAGCCUCGAUAUUUAGGAUUUUCAAGUAAUCUCAGGAAUCUGCCACUAACGAUUAUCACAAGAUCUUACAAUCUUAUAAUAAUUCAAGAUUGAUAUUUUUAUAUGUGAGAAAACAUUGUGUCGAUUUACAUACGUUAAGCAUAUGUUUUCUCGAACGACUUACUUUGAUCCGUCGAUCACAAACCAUCUCAUACUUGCACCUAUCAUCUUUCAUUUUUUCUAAAUACGUCGUUCGCUAUUUUUUUCACGUUGUUAUCUCAUUUUUAUUUUUAAAGGCUGAUUU